UGCUACGACAACUAGAUUGAGAGCCACCACGGUUAUCAUUAAACUCUUCCUUCUCCACAACCUCCGAGCAGGAAAAAACCCUAGUAAUGGAGCUCCACUCUCUGCAAUCAUCCUCCCCUGUAACAGGCAUUCCCUCUGCCCUAACCCAAUUAGGGCUUAGAGAAAAAAAGCUACUUUUGAGUGGUCAAGUUAUCGGGACUCCCAAUUUCAAGAGGAACCCAGAUACCAGAAAGCUCAAACUUCUUGGUUACAGAGCUCAAGCUUCAGGCUCCAUAAAAUUCAGCGCAACUGCAGUUGAAGCAAUUCCGAAGGAUUCUGAUUUAAAGGAUGAGAAUCUUGUAUUUGUAGCAGGUGCUACUGGUAGAGUUGGUUCAAGGACUGUGAGGGAACUUUUGAAGUUGGGAUUCAAUGUUAGAGCUGGUGUAAGAAGUGUUCAGAGGGCAGAACCUCUUUUGCAAAGUGUUCAGCAGAUGAAGCUUGAUAGUGAGGCUGGAAGUGAGGGAACUAAACCAAAUAACAGGAUUGCUUUGGUCUUUAGGCCAGCUAUAGAGAAGCUUGAAAUAGUAGAAUGUGACUUGGAGAAACAGGAUCAGAUUGGGCCAGCACUAGGCCGUGCAUCAGUCGUUGUAUGCUGCAUUGGUGCCAGCGAAAAGGAGGUCUUUGAUAUCUCUGGGCCAUAUCGAAUUGACUACCAGGCAACAAAAAACCUUAUUGAUGCAGCAACUACUGCAAGAGUUAACCAUUUCAUUUUGCUUACAUCUUUGGGAACAAACAAGAUUGGGUUUCCUGCAGCCAUUUUAAAUUUGUUUUGGGGAGUCCUGAUAUGGAAAAGAAAGGCUGAAGAAGCACUGCUAGCCAGCGGUCUUCCUUACACAAUAGUGAGGCCGGGAGGCAUGGAGCGGCCUACUGAUGCUUACAAGGAAACUCAUAACAUUACCCUUUCAGAGGCAGAUACAUUAUUUGGCGGUCAAGUGUCAAACCUUCAGGUGGCUGAACUUAUGGCAUUCAUGGCAAAAAACCGCAGUCUUUCAUGCUGUAAAGUGGUUGAAGUAAUUGCCGAAACAACUGCACCACUCACUCCCUUGGGGGACCUCCUUGUGAAGAUUCCAUCUCAACUUGUUGAGGCCAAACCAUUGAAGAAGGAAUCAGAUGCUGUUGGCGGGUCUCAACCUGCAGCUUCCAUGAGUGCUGAAUCUGAGACUCCGAGUGCUCCUGCUGAGAAAGAGCCUACCAAAGCACAAGCUGAAGCAGCAAGGCCGCUUUCUCCAUAUACAGCCUAUGAGGACUUGAAGCCACCUAGUUCUCCAAGUCCAACCCCGAGUGGUCCAAGAGAGGAUAAUUUGAGUUUUUCAUCUGCUGAAGUUGUACCAGAAACUAGUGGUAAUGAUGUUGCAAAAGUCAUUACCACCAGUUCUGUUGAGACGGGUCCUUCCCAGAAUCUAGAUUCUUAUCAAUCACCUUACUAUGUAUAUGAUGACUUAAAACCACCUACAUCGCCAUCUCCUAAUGCGCCAAAUGGGACUCUGUUGGUACCAUCUUCCUCAAAUGAUGGCUCUCUGAAGGCCACUGUGCCAAUAAACAUCACAGCCGAAUCCCCACCUGCAGAUAAGCCACAGGAUGAACGCCGGGGUGCUGAACCAAAACGAAGGCCGCUCUCACCUUUCACCAUGUAUCCGGACUUGAAGCCCCCAACUUCUCCAGGACCCCCAAGAAACUUAUAAGAAGGCCAUGACCGCCCACAGAUUCAAAUUUCCUCGGGGACUGUCUGCAAAAUACCCUAUUCAUUCAAGAAAACAAGGGAUGGUGUUUGACUUGCAUGGAAAAUUUUCUUGUGAGCCAUUUCCUUCGCGUAGUUUCUGACUGUUGUUGAUUCGAUUGUCAUACGCUGAUCGACAGCGUGCAUCUAAACCGCAACAUGAUUCUGGUCUCAUGAACUUGAACAUGUAAUGUUUCUGUGAUUCAAUUUCAGGCUCCAUCUUUUCCAUUA